GAUAGUUUUUUUAAUAUGUGAAAAUUGGGUCGAACAUCUCUCAGAAUUCGUGACGUGUUUAUUGUUUACGCAAAAGUAAUGGAAAGACGAUAACUUAUAGAUAAGUUUCGGUGCAAAUUAUCAGUCACACGCAUCGACGAGUGUCUGUACGCGAUACGUACCACACACACACACGUACAGUACAAUACGCUCUCCCCUAUUAAGUAUUAAACAGUUUUGAAGGUCGAAUCGAAACUCGUUUUCUACGUCUAUGCUCCUUCCUGAAAAUAUAUUUCUUAACCAAACGUGAUUUAGAUCGUACGAGACAUGUCCCACUUCAUCGGGGACAAUGGACAAGAUAUCAUCAAUAUUUUGGUCAGAUGUCGAGACGUUUUUGUCGACAGAAUUGCUUCUUUAUGGAUAUGGAUAUGUGAAUCUUUCAAUUUAUUCGCUCUCUACACAUCACGAGAUCUGUGGGACAAGUUCCAUCUCUGGUUGUGCUACAUCAAAAGCAGAUUAAUUCUAGAUCGCAGAGAGAAACAGAAGUUGUUAGAAUGGGUCAAAGACAAUGUAGCCUCCAAUAGAAGACCUUCGAAUACAUUCAGGAGAUUUUCGGAAUGUUUCUACGAGAAUCCUGCCGAUUUUUCCAACUUUUGGAGAGAUGGCAUCUUGUUGUGUGCUUUAGUGGAGGCGUUGGUACCAGGUUCGUGUCCUCGUUACGAUCUCCUUAAUCCCGAACAUAAGUGGGACAAUGCUAGAUUGGCGUUGAAACUUGUGGAAAAGAAAAUUGGCAUUAAACCGGAAGUAACAACGGAAGAGAUCAUAAAGUGCAAUCCGAAGAACGAGAAGAAAGUGGCAUGUUUGUUGGCACAAAUCAAAGUUGCUUCCAGCAAAUUGAAAGUGAGACCUACCAUCAAUCGUCCAGACGAAGAAGACGAUGACAACGUAGUCUUUGAUAUUGAACAAGAGUGUUUAGCUAGAGGCAUGGGAUUAUCUGUUGCAGUCAUAGGAAGGCAAGCGAGAUUCAACAUUUUCUUAAAAUCCAUUUCUAACUUGAACAUAGUUAUCGAGAUCAAAGGCAAAACUGGAAGUUUAUGUAGCGAGAGAAUAACCAACAGAUCACCGAAACGGAAAAAUUCUGUAGAAUUAGAGAAGAUCGAGAGGAGAAAAAAUUUACAGAGACAUAUCAGAAAUAUACCUUUCGAGUACGAAGUGUUACCUGGAAAAAUAAUAGUGGGUUAUACGCCCGUCGAAACUGGGCAACACAGACUCAGCAUCAUAUGGCAAGGACAGCACAUCAUGGGAAGUCCUUAUACAGUAAACGUAGACGAUACUCUUCGUCACGACAAUAGCGAAAGCUCAAAGAAAUCAAAAACAUUUCUUCGAGUUGAGAACUCUUACAGAAAUGAUACAAAACCAAAAGAAUCGAGCCAAGGUGAUGUAGAGAAAAUCCUCAAAUCAAAAUUGGGUUCGGUGACUAAGAAACGAGUCUUACGCCAUAUUAUGGUUGUGAAUGGCAAAGAAGUAGUGGUAGAAGCUGAUUCUAAUGAUGUGGUAUCUGUUCUUGGAAAACUGACCAAGGAAACUGCUACAGAUAACGAAAACAGCGAAAAUACCACAAACAAAUUAACUCAGGAGUGUAGUUCAAAAGGUAGCGAAUUUAUGGCUCACUAUCCAUCUCCGUCAAAAAACAAGAUGGUGAGCACUCCUCCGAGUUUAACAACAGUUCUCGAAGGUAUCGAUCAAACAGAUUCGGAUCUAUUAUUGCAUAAUCUCAAGUCCAGAAAAUCUUCUAAACCCUUAAAUAGUCCAAGUUUAGAUAAGAAGGAACGCAAUUUACUAGAUUCUAGUAUAUCAAAAAACGAAAAUAUUCUAAAAAUAGACGAAGACUUGACUACAUUAGAAAAAGAGGAGGAAACAACGCUUCAAGAAGAUGGAAUCCAUCAUCUCGAUGAUGACAAUUCUCAGAUAAACACAGACUUAUUUUUGAAUUGUUUGUCUGAAGUUAGUUCAAGAAUCUCUACGCUUUCCGAUGGAGUUAACUCUGAUCAUGAAUCUGAUUCUAAAAUGGAUCUGAUUAAAUUUGAUGCUUCACCAUUAAAAAUAGAAAAUUCGCGUGAACAUAUAUCGGAAAUUUUUGAAGAACAAUCGAAAAAGUUACAAGAAAGUUAUAAAGCAUCACCAAAAACAAAUUCCAAGUUUAUUGAAGAUGAAAAUUUUGAAAGAACGGAAGAAAAACUGCAUGUAGAGGGAGAGGAUAAUAAAUUAUUUAUUAAGAAUUUAGACGAAAAUCGGACUCAAAACGAAGAAGUAAUCGUGAAUCGUGAAGUUCAACAAUGUCAGAAAGAAGGUGAAGAAGAAAAUGAAUUUUACUGCUUACCUAUUAUAAAUGAAUGUAAAGAGAACACUUUUUUAGAAAAACACAAUUCUAAAGUUUCUACCAUCGAUUUUCAGAAUGAUUUCCGUACAGAAGAGAACACGACAAAAUUUGUUUCUGUAAAUCCUUCGACGACAAUAAGAGAUUGUGUAGAAAACGACCCGCAUCCGAUUCGAAAGAUAAACUAUCAGAAAUUGUUCAAGUCGACGAAACUCGAAGGAAGUUUGGUCAAAAAUAAAGUUCAAGAAUGGGAACGUGCCAUGAAUAAGGCAUCAAACAACGAAACUAAAGAAAUUCUCGUAGAAGAAAUGACUAGACCUGACUCCCCAAUUUUGGUGUCCGUUCGCACUAGGAAACAGUUUUGGGAAAAUGGUGGUCACAUUUCGGAAGUAGAUCACACUCCCGGAACCGAUUGUGACGUAGAGGACAGAGACGUCAUCCGGAGAAUUCCAGAUCGUUCGGCUUCUGUCGGCGCCAUUUAUCCCUUUCGUCUAAGCAAGAUUAGUUUAGAUAAAUCCACACAAGUCGACUUCGAAGACUUCACAAAGACCAAUGUUCUCGGAAGAAAAAAUGGUUCGGUCAAUGAAACUCCAGAUUCCGAAGACAGUGGCAUUUGCGAAUUUCACCGUUCUGUAAGAGCAAAUCAUCAGAAAUAUAGUCCUUCAGCAUGUCGUCAUCGUCAUUUCAAUUGCAAUCGCAAUCACUUGUCACCAAAACAAGAAUCGAUUUGUAGCGAUCUAACAGAUGCAACAUCGAUCAACACAGAUUGCGAUCGAGGAUUCAUAGACGAUGAAAUUCCCGAUUAUGCAAACCUCUUGUUAGAUAAUUACGUGUCUUUUACUGGUCUUUUGGAUACAGAAAGACCAAUAUCAAGGCGAGAAUUAUUAAAACACGACUUUUAUGACGUCGAGGAGGAAUUUCUGAAAGAACCGUCAACUCCAAGAGCGGAGAGAUGUCGUAUAUUUGGUACGGGAGUUUAUUAUGGUCAAGUAUGUCUGAGGAAUCAUUUCCAGGUAAGAACCAAGGGAGCAGGACCAGGGUAUCUGACCGUUAACAUUCAGGGCGCGGGAAAACACGACGUGACGGAAGUCACAAUCAUCUAUAGUGGAAACGAACUGUACGACAUUUUAUACGAAGUGUCCCAACCAGGAUAUUACAUCAUCUCGAUAAAAUGGGGCGAUUUGAAUAUACCAGAAAGCCCAUACAUAUGUAAAAUUACUUAUUAACUGUUUGUACGAGAAAAUAAUCAUUUUUACCGUUGGAAAAAUUAGACCAAUCAAAACUUGGAAACUUGUUUUAGUUUCUAACAUAUUUUAUGUGGAACAUUUUAAGAUCGAUCAUAUUUAUUUUUAUUAUUACUUAAAAGAAAAAUGUCAUGAGCAAAAUAACGCGAGACAAAAUGGAAUAUAAAUAUUUUUGUGCCAAAGUUUAAAAAGUAAUAAAAAUAUUUUAUUUA